AUAAGCCCUGAAGAUGUAAAGCAAGAGACUGAUCAUGUCGCAAGGAUUUGUGAUGUGAACAAGGAGAAGUUAGCUUUCAUGCAACAGAAGAUCUCAAGAACCCCGUGGCUUCUGAAAAGCUCAGCUGGCCGGAGAUCCUGUUGCAUAUUUAGAGUCCCUCAAAGCCUCAUCGACGUCAACGGCAAGGCUUACCAACCUCAUAUUGUAUCAAUCGGUCCUUACCACCAUGGUGAGAGUCAGCUCAAGAUGAUCGAAGAGCACAAGUGGCGCUUCCUGGGCUCCCUCCUUUCCAGAACAGAAAGCAAGGGCUUAGGCCUAGAAGACUAUGUGAGGACUGUCAAAUCAUUAGAGGAGAAGGCCAGAGAAUGCUACUCAGAGACAAUUGGCCUGGACAGUGAUGAAUUUGUCGAGAUGAUGGUUUUGGAUGGUUGCUUUGUCAUCGAGCUCUUUAGGAUAGUUGGGAGGUGUGUGCAGGGAGACCAUGCUGACCCCAUCUUCUCCAUGUCUUGGGUCUUCCCCUUCAUCUUGAGGGAUCUAAUUCGGCUUGAGAACCAACUUCCAUUUUUUGUUCUCGAAUCCUUGUUCGAUUUAUCACAGAUGCCAGGAGAUGAAUCAGGCCCCUCCCUCGUCAAACUUGCCUUGGAAUUCUUCAACAAUGCAGUGCAAAGACCUGACGAAAUUAUUAACAAGUAUGAAAAGCUCCGACUCCAACCCAAACAUUUGCUUGAUUUAUUCCGCUCAAGCUUCAUCCCAGAGUCCCAACCAGAGCCACAGAAGUCCACCUCGUCAACCCAAGUAAUUCAAUGCGUUAAAAGGCUCCGGCGGGCAGGAAUCCAGUUCAGGAAAGUAGAGGCAGAUAGUUUCCUGGAUGUGAAAUUCAGAAAUGGGGUGUUCAAAAUGCCAACAAUAACGAUUGAUGACUUCAUGGGCUCCUUCUUCCUUAACUGUGUUGCUUACGAACAGUGCCACAGACAUUGCUCCAAGCACAUCACCACUUAUGCGACUCUACUGGAUUGCCUGAUUGACACCCCAAAGGAUGUUGGGUACCUUUCCAAACACAAUAUCAUUGAGAACUACUUCGGAACUGAUGCAGAUAUUGCAGAUCUCUUCAAUAAUUUAGGCAAGGAUGUGGCCUUCGACAUCCAGAGAUGCUACCUAACCAAACUGUUUGACGAUGUGAAUACGUACUAUGACAGCCAUUGGCAUGUCUACUGGGCAAGUUUGAAGAAUACUUAUUUCAACUCUCCUUGGUCGUUCAUUUCACUGUUUGCUGCUGUUGUGCUCCUCCUCCUCACCAUGGCUCAGACCUUCUUCAAUGUUUUUGCCUAUUUCUACCCUCCUCAUCAGCUGUGAAACCAAAUAGAUGUUAAUAACAGGUAAGCACCAAGAUAGCUAAUUGUAAAAUUGCGGUUGCAAUUCAUGAUUUUAAGACAAUUAUUUACGUUGUUAUAUUGCAAAUAUUCUGCAA